CCGACAGUACGCCACAAAUUCUGAGGAGUUGUUGUAAACUAGAAGAAUGGCUCAAAAGUUAUGUCACGUAGAAUCAGUUGUGUCGCUGGAUCCAUGUCAUCCGUUAACCGAAUCUGAUGUCUAUGAACGCAGGCUUCACGAGGAUAUCGGAACAAGAUGGAUGGAAUUAGCACGAAAAUUAGGUUUUCAAAAAUCAGUGAUUGAUUCAAUAAAGAGUGAUAAUCCAUCUGAAAAGGAACGCUGCGUCGAUCUCUUAGUCAAAUGGAUGGAAAAAGAAGGCAGGGAUGAAGCCACUGCUGGUAAACUGGCUAAGGCAUUAACAGAGAUAGGACUUAAAACUCUGGCUGAAAAAUUACUCGGUCCAUUAAAUGGCAGAAGAAAGAUAGUGAUUGAGAUCACUGGAACCAUUAAGCUUAAUGAUAACAACGAGGUCAUGCUGGGUAUCGACUGCGAUGGCGGGAAAACUAUUUUCUUCAUGUGGGAGAGUGAGAGAAAAGAAUUUAAGACAUCCCCCGAGGAACUGAAGAACUAUGUAAACGCUAGCAGCCACAUUCCUGCUGCGGAGAGUGUUGAAAAUACUGGCGAAAUGGGUUUAUCGGUAGAAAAGGCGAACAGUGGUUUUUCCGAAGAAGACGGAGAAGAGCAAAGAAUUUCCAGCCAGUUGGAAGAUCUCCAAGGAAAGCUGAUGGACAUGGUGAAGAGUUUGGAGAUACCCGAACUAAAGGGAGAUACUUUUUCGAGGACCAGCAAGUUGGAUUUCAUCGAUAAACAUAGUCGAACUUUACAGGAGCUGUACACCAAAGUAACUGGAAUGACAAGAGGGGCUUGUCAUUGCAGCCAUAUCCUUAGAGAAACUUUCUACGGUUUUUCCCUCCUCAGCCUGAGAUCAGUGCACAAUGAUCUCAGUGCUCGUCUUCAGGACCUAGAAUCGGAAGAAGAUGAAAUGACAGAGGAGGAGAAAAAAAAAUUGAAAAACCUAGUAUCGUACCGAAAAGGCAGGAAAAAUCAAAUUACGCAGCUGGAGAAACUUUGGAUACGACGUUUCUUUCCGGCAGAUGAGUUAAAGAGGCCAAAAACAGUCCCUUCUCCAAGGCAAACUGAGAUAACAUCUCAGGAACCCAGAUCGAGUACAGAAGGAGCCCGGCCAAAAGAGUCUAUAACAAAGUCAAAGAUCCCUAGGAUGACGAAGAAUAAAACGCAAGACAAAGCAUCUUGUGUCCCUACGUCUUAGAAAAAAGAUAAUGAUAGAAAUCCGGAUAAAGAUUCCAGGGACGAGAUAUAAGUAAUCGGCCAUCGUCGUUCGUCGGAGGAUGCGACUGUUAUCUUGAUUAGAGUGGAUACUCCGGAGUUAGAUUUACCGGCACCAGAUAGCCUGAUCUUUCCGUGGUUGGCAUUACAUCCUUGGCUAAAUUUUUCCAAGUUAAUGGCAGGGCCAGGAAGUUAAGGCAAAGGAUUUGAGAUCUGGAUGACUCAAGUUCAAAAUCGUCAGUGUGCAGUCCCGAUCGAGUCCAACGCCUUAACUCUCCCUCCUCCCCCCUCCUUCCCCCAUCC